AUGGCCGCCCCCGCCUCCGCCUCCGCCUCCGCCGCAGAUCCGGGCACGGCGUUCAAGAUACUCCUCUCCUGCCCCGACGGCCUCCCUCGCUCCCGCGUCUUGGUUAAGUUUGAUCGGUCAUUCGACAGGAUUCCCCAUCCUGAUGCAGCCUUGGAGGAAUCUAUAAGUGAGAUAUGGAACCAAAGCCUUCAGCAGAACCCAUCUCUAUACAGCGGUACAAAGUUUCGGUACGGAGGAAAUGCCUUGCACUACAAAGAUGGCUCAAAUCAUGGUCAUGAGUACUGUGUCUCACUUCAUUUGGGUCUCACAGACUACAGGACAUUUGUGGGAACAAAUCUCAAUCCAUCGUGGGAGAAAUUUUUGGUUCCAUCUGAAGAUGAUUCUGUACGUUGCCAACACAUGUCAGAUCCACUGGGCAAUGGUGCUAUAGUUGAAACAUCUGACGAAAAGAUUAUUGUAUUGCAAAGGAGUUACAAUGUGGUGGACUUUCCAGGAUACUAUGUUUUCCCUGGAGGACACUCGGAGCCACAAGAAAUUGGAAUUAUGGGUCAUCAAACUGAUGGAGACUUUGCUUGUCUCACUGAACGAGUUUCACAAGAAAUGUUUGACGGAAUCAUCCGUGAAGUGGUUGAGGAAACUGGAGUUCCUGCUAGCUCCCUAACCGAUCCUGUGUUCAUUGGAGUUUCUUGCCGAGAAGUUAAUGUUAGGUCAACUGCAUUCUUUUUUACAAAAUGUAACAUUGACUCCAGUGGCGUAAAUGAGCUUUAUUCUAGAGCUCAAGAUGGCUAUGAAUCUACUAAACUGUAUGCAGUAUCUGUGGAAGAGCUACAAGGAAUGAGGCAGCGAAUGCCUGGCUGCCACAAUGGUGGUAUUGCUCUAUAUGAAUCCAUGAGGAAUGCUGCCAAAAAAUCGUGA